GUACCGGAUAUCCUAUUCUUAUAUUUAGCUGUGGUUGUAAUGUGCACAAGAUUUCUGCUUCAAGUCUGAUCUCGAACUUUCGAGUUGUUGUUUUUAAUAGUGUUGACACAAUUCAAAAGUGUAUUCGUUAUUCUGCACUUGCAUGAUGACGAUCGUAUUCUGUGGUAUCUCAUGUCAGUCAAGUUACAGCUGCAAGACCGAUCGGUUCUGACUGGCAAAUACUGUCAUUAUGUGGUCUCCUUUGUUUCGACUCGUAGUGUGGCCCUAUCGACGCCUCUUCAGACCCUCAUACAAACGAAGACCUUUAGCAUCUUCCGUCCUACGUUCGUAUAUUCGCAAAAGGAAACAUCCUAGCUGGACAUCGUACUUCGUGGAGUAUAGACAAGUGCAAGACGACCAAUAUUCUCAGAAACAUUUCAAUUUCAAUGUCGAUGGCGUGAAUUACCAUAUUCUCAGGUGA